GCACUGGCGGCACUGGCGAGGGGUAUGGAGUUGCUCUGAUAAAAAUAUUGAAAGAAGAAAAAUUAUGAGGACUUGUUCAAUGAAUAAAUAAAUAAAAUGGAUCAUUUGAGUGUACAAUUGAUGGAUGAUAUGGUCUUAGAACCCAAAAGACAAUCAAAUAUUUCGAACAAUGAUGUGCAGCGUCCAUCAAAAUCUCCCCAGAAAUCAUCAAAAUCAGAUGUCAGCAAUCAGUCAAAACCUUCACUUCAUCGUAAGGUAGAACUUCAAACUCUUCGAAUAUCAGACGAGUCCGAAAGAGAACUGUACGAAACACUGAAACAAAUUUACGGAGAGUCAUUCAAAUUGAGUGAUGCCUCAGAGUAUCAGAACAAAAAAACAAAUCUCGGAAAGCAAUACUGGAUGGAGCGAGGUGAUCUAGUAAUUCGAGGUGUUAUUGACUAUUCGUCUAGAGAAGCAACACCAAAAACACAAGCCCAAUUAACUAAACAUUUUGCCAUGUCGAGAUUGGAAAGCUACAGUUAUCACUCACUCCACUGUUCUGAAGCCCUUGAGCAUGUGCAAGGUGAUGUAGGAAAGGCCUUAGAGAUUCUUUUCGAAAAGUAUUACAAGGUCGAUAGAUUGUCAAAAAUCUGUGAUACACAAGACUACGAUGUAAACGAUUUAUUGAAUGCAAGAGAAGACGAAAAAAGUGCACUUGAAGCCAUUUACGGAGAGUCUUUUGCCCAAAAGAUAAAAGAUCAAUUAUGGACUAUUACUCUUAAAUUAGAUUACUUGAUUGAUAGCAGUGAUGAAGAAGUUGUGCUUGAGAAGAAACCACAGGCAGUGAAUAAAAAUGUUUGUAGAUUAUUUUUGACUGGAAAGUGUAGGUUUGGAAUGAAAUGUAGAUUUUUACAUCAACAACCUGAACCCAUAAAAGAAAGUAAAAAAAGUUUCAAACAGGAUUCGUCUUUCACUUUAGAAAUUAGAUUUCCAGAGGAUUCGAAAUAUCCGUACGAAGCACCUUACUUUUACCUCUACAAAACGGAUCUGUCUUAUCCUAGUGAAUUAUUUCUCAUUAUUUGCAAAAAACUGUACGAAGAUGCAACUCUUCGCGCUGCAACAGGUGAACAUUGCAUUUUCGAAUUGAUUUCAAUUCUCGAAAACUCAGAGGAAAUGAAAUAUUAUCUUGAAAAUGCCCAGCCAAACUUCCUCUCCAAACACGACUCUAUCUUCUCGAAGAAUACAGAUAACAAUUUCAAAAAUCUUGCCACCCAUCACCAAAAAGGCUCAACAAAUCGUUCAAACAAGAAUAAAAUAUCCAUGGAAGAGAUUCAACGACAAGACGAUACAAUUUGUCAGAAAUUCAUGGAGAAAAUGAAGAAUCCCCGCUACCUGAAGAUGAAAGAAUUGAGAAGAAAACUGCCGGCUUGGUCAAUGAUGACAGAAUUGAUUGAAACUAUCGAUCAAAAUCAGGUGACUAUAAUAUCAGGAGAAACGGGCUGUGGAAAGAGUACCCAAGUGCCUCAGUUCAUUCUGGAUGACUGGAUCAUCAAUCGGAAUACUAACGGCAAUCAUAUUGAAAUAAUCUGUACACAACCAAGAAGAAUAAGUGCAAUUGGAGUAGCAGACAGAGUAGCAGCUGAAAGAGAUGAAAAUCUCGGGCAAACAAUCGGUUACCAAAUAGCACUGGAAAGCAAGAUGUCUCUCUGGACUCGUCUGACAUUUUGCACUACUGGAAUUCUUCUACAAAGAUUAACCAGUGAUGCUCAAUUGAAAUCCAUAACUCACGUGAUAGUCGAUGAAGUUCACGAGCGCAGCUCUGAUUCCGAUUUUUUGUUAAUGCUUCUUCGAGAAAUUCUUCCGCAUCGAUCAGACCUAAAAAUCAUUCUGAUGAGUGCCACUCUAAAAGCCGAAUCAUUCGCCAAUUAUUUCAAGGGAGCGCCAAUUUUAAAUAUUCCUGGAAGAACUUUCCCAGUGAAACAAAUUUUUUUGGAAGAAAUCGUUGAAACUAUUGAUUAUGUAUUUGAAGAGAAUUCAGAAUACGCUAGGAAAGUUAAAGGUGGAUGGGAACGAGUUGAAAUCGAGUUAGCCUCUGCGGAUAUUGCAUCACUGUCUUCAGUAUCACCAAAGGAUACGGUUUUGGAUAGCAAUCUGAACUUGGCGCAGCUCAUUGGAAGAUAUCCUGGACUCUCCAUGCGAACUUAUAAGAAUCUCUACGUUAUGGAUCCAGAAAAAAUCAACUACGACCUCCUGGAGAAGAUUUUGGAAUGGAUAAUCGAUGGAGAUCAUGAUUAUCCCAGAGAAGGUUCAAUAUUGGUUUUUCUACCAGGAUUGGCAGAGAUCACCACCUUGAAAGAUGCCCUCAACCAUAAUUCAGUUCUCUCUUCGCAAACCGGCAGAACCAAAAUACUUCUCCUCCACUCGUCACUCUCGAGUGAAGAGCAGAAUUUAGUUUUCCAGAAAGUUCAUUCAAGAGUUCGAAAAAUAGUUUUGAGUACAAACAUCGCUGAAACCUCAGUGACUAUCGACGAUUGUGUAUUCGUCGUGGAUACGGGACGAAUGAAAGAGACUCGAUUUCAUAGUAAUCAAAAUAUGGCUAGCCUGGACACUUGCUGGGUGUCUCGUGCUAAUGCAAUGCAGAGAAAAGGUCGAGCUGGAAGGGUAAUGCCAGGUGUUUGCAUACACGUCUAUACAUCCCACAAAUUACAGCAUCAUCUACUCCCCCAGCCAAUCCCAGAAAUCCUGAGGAUUCCUCUGGAACCAGUACUGCUGAAAAUUUUGAAAAUGAAUCCAGAGGAUGACGUCAAUGUUUAUAAAAUUCUCAGCAAGAUUCUAGAGCCUCCGCAGGAGCAGAGUAUCUCAGAUUCGGUGGUUAGACUCCAAGAUGUGGGUGCUGUUAAUUCAAAAUUGCAGUUGACACCACUGGGACACCAUUUAGCGACUCUUCCUGUCGAUGUACGAAUUGGUAAGUUGAUCCUCUACGGUGUUGUCUUCUGCUGUCUUGAUUCAGCUCUCACGAUAGCAGCUUGUUUAUCUCAUAAAAGUCCUUUCUCAUAUUCAUUCGACAAACGUCGGGAGAUUGAGGCCAAGAGAAAAGAGUUUACCGUAGCAUUUAGUGAUCAAUUAACAAUAUUGAAGGCUUAUAAAAAAUGGAUAGAGGUGUCGGCUAGAGGAUUUAAAGUUGGCCUAGCCUUUGCACGAGAGAAUUAUCUAUCUGUUCGAACUCUUCAGACUCUCGCUGAUAUUAAACACCAAUUUUUGAAUCUACUCAUUGGAAUUGGAUUUAUUCCUGUUGAUGUCAAGGAAAGGACCACUGGUGUUGACAAAAUUCUUGAGUUAACGGGGAGCGAACUCAAUGCUAAUAAUGAAAACUUCAAACUCCUUCAAGGUUUAUUAUGCGCAGCUCUUUACCCUAAUGUUGUCAGGAUUUCCACUCCAGAGAAAUCGUUUCAAGUGCAGUCCUCAGGUGCUAUACCCAGACAACCAAAACCUGAAGAGCUCAGACUUGAAACUAAAAAUGAUGGACGUGUCUUCAUUCAUCCCUCUUCUGUCAAUUUCUCCAUUGGACAUUUUCCAAGUCCCUACCUCGCCUUCCAAGAGAAAGUCAAAACCAGCAAAGUAUAUAUUAGAGACAUCUCCAUGGUCUCCAUGCUACCUCUUGUCUUGUUCUCUGGAUAUGGAGUCAAUAUUGAACAGCACAAUGGAACUUACAUCUUGUCUCUUGCUGAUGGUUGGAUUCUCUUCAAGGUUGAAACACAUACUGUUGCACAGCUUCUUAAAAAUAUGCGAGCUGAGCUCGUUAAACUUCUCGAGCUGAAGAUGCAAGAUCCUCUACUCAAUCUUUUAAACCAUCAAAAUGGUAGGAAAAUCAUUGCAACUAUUAUCAAUGUCUUAACAAAGGACUAAAAGGUUUAAAAUUAGAUUUUUAUUUCAACUCCACUUUGUUGAUGAAUGGGAUUUGUAAAUUUUAAUUACUUCCCUGUUAUUCGAUCGUUUAAAUUCUGAAAAUCUUUUUACUUCAAAUUGUUAAUCCUUCCACAAUUUAUUAUAAAUCUGAAACCCCUAGAAUACUGCCUCUUUAUAUCUGCUUUAGAAAUAUCAUGUAUAAAUGUAAAAAUUU